AUGAAGACCAAACUCCGCGCCUCCGACCCCGUUGAGAUCGUCGACCCAAUCUUCCUUACUCCGCGUCCAAAGAUAGGCCGUGAGUACAAGGCCGCGCUCAAACGGCUCCUCCGCGCCAAGGUUGGCAGCGUGCGCGAGGAGGACAAGCCGCUGCUCCAGGCGGUCAUGCCCACGCUCAUCCGAGCAGCCAACGACCCGCUGAUGCCGGACCCGGACCGAUUCUAUCAGGACCCGGAGUACUCGCCUGACUACAACAGCGUCUUGCGGCUGGUGCAGCAGUUGCGGGCGUGGUAUGGUCCUAGGGCGCAUUUUCAUCGAUGA